CCGGGUCCGCGCGGACGCGGCUUCCUUACCUCAUUUGUCCUCGCCCCUCCCCGUUCCUCUACGCGUUUUGGUUCCUGGUUGGUGCUUCCUGGUCGCAGCCGCGGCAGUGACAUUAAGGUUACCAACUUUCCAUGAUGUUUGGUGGCUUCGAGACUAUAGAAGCAUAUGAAGAUGACCUUUAUCGUGAAGAGUCAUCUAGUGAACUGAGUGUUGAUAGUGAGGUGGAAUUUCAACUCUACAGUCAAGUUCAUUAUGCCCAAGAUCUUGGUAAUGCCAUUAGGGAGGAAGGACAUGAAGAAAAGAACUUUGGGAGUUCUGAAUCAUCAAGUAGUAAACCAAAUCAGAAGAACUUAAUUGUUGUUUCAGAUAGUGAGGUCAUCCAGCUAUCAGAUGGGUCAGAGGUCAUCACUUUAUCUGAUGAAGAUAGUAUUUAUAGAUGUAAAAGAAAGAAUAUUAGGGUCCAAGCACAACAAAAGACCCAAGGUGGUUCUGCUUCUUCUCACUCUAAUGAGUUGGCUGAUAAGAAAUCCAAGAGGAAUUUUGAGAAACCUAAACCUGAAGAGAGAUCAACUGUACUCCGAGAGGUAAUGAUUAUAGAGGUCAGUUCAAGUGAAGAAGAGAGCAUCAUUUCAGAAAGUGAUAAUGUGGAAAGCUGGAUGCUACUGGGAUGUGAAGUAGAUGAUAAAGAUGAUGAUAUCCUUCUCAACCUUGUGGGAUGUGAAAACUCUGUUACUGAAGGAGAAGAUGAUGUAAACUGGUUCAUCAGUGACAAAGACAUUGAGGCCCAGAUAGGUAAUAACAGAUCAUCCGGAAGAUGGACCCGCCGAUACUAUUCUGCCAACAAAAACGUUACCUGUAGAAAUUGUGACAAAUGUGGCCAUUUAUCCAAAAACUGCCCCCUACCACAAAAAGUCCGCCCCUGCUGCCUCUGUUCCGAGAGAGGACACCUUCAGUAUGCCUGUCCAGCUCGCUUUUGCUUAGACUGUUCUUUGCCUAUGUCUUCCACUCAUAGAUGUCUCGAAAGGUCUUCCUGGAGAAAACGAUGUGACCGGUGUGAUAUGAUAGGCCACUAUGCUGAUGCUUGCCCAGAAAUCUGGAGGCAGUAUCACCUAACGAUCAAACCUGGGCCACCCAAAAAGCCGAAGACCCCUUCUGGACAAUCAGCAUUAGUAUAUUGCUACAACUGUGCACAAAAAGGACAUUAUGGACACGAAUGUACAGAAAGACGAAUGUUUAAUCAGACAUUUCCAACAUCUCCAUUUAUCUACUACUAUGAUGGCAAAUACGAAAUUCGGAAGAGAGAACAGAGAAUAAAACGAAAAGUAAAAGAACUCCAGAAAAAUGGGGAUUUUCCAAGGCAGUUCAAGAGACUGCAUAUGGAAGCGGCAGAGAAGAGACCACACCAUGAUAUAAGGAAGAGCCAUGGCUGGAAGAAAAGCAACAAGUGGCAGCAAGAAGACAAAGAAACACAGAAAGAAAUGGCGCACAGGAAUAGAGAACGGGAGAAGCACAGGAAGGCUGGCGGGCACCAUGAAGGGGAUGAGGACUUUCCUAGAGGCUCCAGGACCCACUCUUCCCCUGGCAGUUUUAAGACCCAGAAACCUCACAAGUCCUUUCACCAUUCAUCACAUUACCACAAGCCAAGAGAAGACAAGCUUCCCAAAGAGGGCAAGCGGAGCAAGCAGAAGAAAAAGGAGAGAUAUGUGGAAGACGAUGGCAAUGAUAAUUUAUUUCUUAUUAAGCAGAGGAAAAAAAAAUCUAAGCUAUGAGACACCUGAUUUGGUUUUAUACUGUUCAUUUGAUCUUCAUGUCUGCAACAUUCUGGCAAUAUUUUUAUUAUCUAUGAUUAAGUAAAAGGAAGUUUUUUUGUUUUGAUUGUUUAAUAUCAGGCGUACCUGAAGUUCCUGAACAAAUCCUUCAGGAUCUUGGUGCUCUCUGUUCCACAGGUUAUUAGAUAGGAAAACAGGAAGAUAACUGACUUCCAUUCCAAUGUUGUUUUUACACAGGAUCUUCAGGAUAGGAAAAAUCAAUCUUUUCAAUAAAACUUUUACAAAAUACUUUAAAAAAUAAAAUUUCAUCAAAUGUAAUUCAUCUACAAUGUGAACAGUAAAAAAUAAAUCUUUGCAGAAAGAGAAAAUAUUACUAAUAAGAAAAAUUUCAUCACUGUUU